CUAUAGUUUUUGUUUUCUUUUUCCCAGUUGAGUGAUUUUCUGAUCAUUUUGAUUGAUUUAGAGUUAAUUGUUUUAAACUUGGUGAUUCUUUGGAUCAAUUCUGGUAAUUUGUUUGGUGAUCUUUGAUUGUUAAGUGAACACAAUAUGAAUCCAUUAACAAAUGUGAAAGGUAUCACAAAGCUCAGUGAAACAGAAUUGAAACUCGGUGUUGAAGGUAAAGCUUCAUGGCAUUCCAUGUAUUCACAUUCAGCUUGGAUCUUUGUUGGUGGUUUAAAUUUUGAUCUAACCGAAGGUGAUAUUAUCUGUGUUUUCUCACAAUAUGGUGAAAUUGGUGAAAUUAAUCUGGUCCGAGAUAAAGAAACUGGUAAAUCAAAAGGUUAUUGUUUCAUUUGUUAUGAGGAUCAAAAAAGUACCAUAUUAGCUGUUGACAAUUUAAAUGGAAUCAAAUUGGUUGGUCGCAUCAUUCGAGUUGAUCAUUGUGGUAAUUAUGAGACUCCAGAGCAAAGAGAAAAGAAAAGACUUGAAGACAAGGAAAAGCGAGACCGGGAGAAAGGUCAAAAUAGAUACAGAGACCGGUCAAGAGAUCGAAAUCGAGAUCGCGAUCGAGAACGAGAAAGAGACAAUCGAAAAAGAGAUUAUGAUGGUAAACAUAAGUACGAAAGAAAAUCCGAAUCAGAAAUUAAAACUGAAAGAAGAUCAAGAUAAUAGAUUUUCAAAUCAAAAUUUAUACAAAUUGUACAAAAAUUAACUUUUC